AUGGUGCGCAAGCUCAAGUACCACGAGCAAAAGCUCCUCCGCAAGACCGACUUCAUCACCUACAAAUCCGACAAGGACCACCGCGACAAAGCCGUCAUCCGUCGAUACAUGAUUCAAAAACCUGAAGAUUACCACAAAUACAACAGAAUCUGUGGCUCCCUCAGACAACUAGCCCACCGCCUUUCGCUACUGCCCCCCGAAAGUGCGACUCGCCGCAAGCACGAGGAGCUCCUCCUCAACAAGCUCUACGACAUGGGCAUUCUGCCCGGAACGUCGAAGCUUUCGGCCGUCGAGAAGAGCGUCACCGUCAGCGCCUUUGCGAGGAGGCGACUGCCCGUUGUGAUGACGCGGCUGCGCAUGGCGGAGACGGUGCAGGCCGCGACCAAGAUGAUUGAGCAGGGGCACGUGCGUGUGGGUGUCGAGACGGUGACGGACCCGGCGUACUUGGUGACGAGGUCGACCGAGGACUUUGUGACGUGGUCUGUGGGCAGCAAGAUUAAGAGGAACAUCAUGAAGUACAGGGACCAGUUGGAUGAUUUUGAGCUGCUGUAG